AUGACCGAGCGCGAUAAGAGUUUACUCUACUGCCCCGGGGAACAACAACUUCCCAUGAACACCCCCCCAAUCAUGUCCAACACACAACCUGCAACACUGGGAGGCCUCAAUGUGAUCGCCCUAGUCUCAGGCGGAAAAGAUUCCCUCUUCUCCAUCCUCCACUGCAUCCGCAAUGGACACAAAGUAAUCGCCCUAGCAAACCUGCACCCCGAACUCAAACCCAAUACAUCGACUGCCGAAAAGGCCGCUGAAAAUGACGACGACGGAGAAAAAGAAGAAGAAGAAGAUAUUGACAGCUUCAUGUACCAAACCAUCGGUCACAGCGUUAUUCCCCUCUACGAAGAAGCGUUAGGCAUCCCACUCUACCGCGCCCCAAUCACCGGCGGGGCCGUGGAUACGUCUCGAAUUUAUAGACACGAUGCUGUCUCGCAGUCCUCUGAGAAGGACGUCCUGUCUGGAAGUGACGCGGUCGACGGUGAAGCAGACGAAACAGAGUCCCUAGUCCCACUCCUCACCCGCAUAAUGAAAGCCCACCCAGAAGUCAACGCCGUCUCAGCUGGCGCAAUCCUAUCAACAUACCAACGAACCCGAAUCGAGAACGUGGCCGGGAGACUAGGUCUAACCCCGCUCGCCUGGCUGUGGAACUAUCCCUCACUGCCCGCCCCAGCAGAGCGCGUCGCUGACCCGGCCACAGUGCGUGAAGCGGGUUUGCUAGAAGAUAUGGCCGCCGCCGGGCGGAGGAUAUUCGGGGCGCUGUCCUUGGUGAGGGGGGGUGAGUAUGAGACUCUUGCUGUUGAUGGGCCGGGGUUUCUUUGGAAGAAGAGGAUUCUUGUUGAGAAAGCUGUUAGUCGGGUCGCUGAUGGGGGCGUUGCUUAUACUUGUUUGAAGGGGGCGAGGUGUGUUUCUAAAUCUGAUGGGCAGGAGAAGGAGCAAGAGCAGGAGCAGUCUGAUAUCGCGCCAUCGGAUAUUAGAAGGCCAGCUCUGUUUGAUGGGAAAUUCGCUACACUGCUGAAUGACCUUUCGACUGGACCUGCUGACGCAAACGAUUCGACUGCCGAAACAAAUAUACCCCUAUCUCCAUCACCAUCACCAUCACCGACAUGGACAACCGAACCAGUCAGCCGCCUAACAAAAACAACCUGGACAAUCUCAAACCUCAUCGCCCCAGAAGCCGGCCCCAGCACCACCUCCCAAAUGAGCGCUAUAUCAAGCAAAAUCCAAAAAGCCCUCUCCUCUUCCCCCUCCAACCCACCCCACUCAACAGAAGACAUAAUCUUCGCAACAGUCCUCCUCCGCACAAUGGACGACUUCACCCCCAUGAACAAAAUCUACGUCUCCUUAUUCCAAAAGCCAAACCCACCCGCGCGAGCAACAGUCGCUUGCGGCGAUACUCUACCCGAUGGCGUGAAUGUGAUGAUUUCCUUCGUUGUGGAUCGAGGUGCGAGAAAUGCGAGGCAGGGACUACAUGUUCAGUCAAGGAGUUAUUGGGCUCCGGCGAAUAUUGGGCCGUAUUCGCAGGCUUUGUCUAUUCCGUUGGAAUUGGGUGAGAGUGGGAGUGAGCAUCGCCAGAACGACCAGACUAGACUGGUUUAUGUUGCGGGUCAGAUACCGCUUGAACCGGCUUCAAUGGAAGUCGCUGCAUCUACGGAUAAUGGAUCUGAGUCUGCGUUUGGAGAUUAUUCUCACAGGGCUACGUUGGCGUUGCAGCAUAUGUGGAGGAUUGGCGAGGCGAUGCAGGUUAAUUGGUGGGCAGGGGCUGUUGCGUUCCUGGUUCGUAGGGGAAAUGAUCAAACUCAGAUUCGGACUCAGGCGCGGAUAGCGUGGGAAUUGUGGAAGAAUAUCCAUACAGCGGAGAAUACUGGUGAUGACGAUGGUGAUGACGAUGAUGAAGAAGGACCGCAGUUCGAUGCUUGGGAUAUCAAAUACGGGCGACAGACCGAAGAUGUGGUAGCCCAGACCUGGAAGUUGCCUGAUUUUGGCAUUCUGGGCAGCAGCAUCAGCUCCAGUGUUAAGACAUCUACUACGUCCGUAUCGCCAUUUUUGGCAGUGGAGGUUGACCAACUUCCCCGCGGCAGUGAUAUCGAGUGGCAGGGUCUUGGAUAUAAGUGCGGAAACGUCUCGAUUGAAGACCAGGUCGAUCGUACGGCGAGUAUAGCGGAUGGAAAGUAUGCCUAUACGUGCAUUGAGAUUUCCAGCGGGGAAUCAGAUUCGAAGGAGAAGCUUGCUGCUAUUUUGAAAAGUCUGUCUCUGAAACGGAGACUCUCUCAGGCUGUGCUGUACACCACGCAGCGAGUGACAGGAGAUUUCUGGGUUGGCCAGGUCGUUCCGUGUCGAAGUGUUUGGGGUCGGGAGGGUAAAGAAUUAUUUGCGGGAGUGGUGUUGCAAGAAGAGAUUGAGAUUUCGAACUAA